ACGCGUUGUUGGUCAGUAUGAAAUGCUGGGAGUGCCUCACAAGAGAACAAAUAUUCGCGAAUACAUCUGUUGCUUUAUAUCGGAAUAACGUUUAAGUAACCCAAGAGACUUUCUUACAUUUCUGAAACCGUGAAGACUUAAUUAAUUAAGCGUGAAUCUCCAAUUGUUGUUUGCCUCGACAACAUUGUUUUGACGGCCUGUUGCUAGCUAACGCAGGGUAUCCUCUAACGUUAGCUAGCUGGUGGACUAAUUUAGUCUGUGUGCCGAGGCGAGAAAAAAAGAGGCGCUGGUACUGAUUUUUUUUAUAGUUUCUCUAGUUAUACAACUCAAACCCAUUUAUCAAAUGGAGACUGAUCAUCUCAUGAAUUCCAAUGGUGGAUUUAAAACGUCGUAACAAUCGGACUUCUUCCCUAACUAGUUAGCAUUAACUAGCUAGCUAGGCUAACUACUUACUCCACAGUGCUUUCUAGCCAGCAAGCUGAUGACGUUUAUUAGCUAGCUAGCGUUAGCUGGUUGACGUUCUGGGUAUUUUUGGUAUGAUUUCGAAAGACAAGUAGCUAUUUAAUAUUUGGGAAGUUAAAUUGUAUGUAAACUUCGAGUAUGACACCGUUCAUUGUCAAUUGAGAGUAAUUGGCAUGUUGCUAAAUGUGUCAGCUAGCAACUUAUCUAACGUUCGUUAGGUACGUUAACCCAACUACUCUUAUCUAAUCACUAACAAGAUAACUUCAGCAAAGGUCAUAGGAAAGUUGCUCCAGCAAGUGUUUUGAACAGUGAGACCAUAAAAGGUUAAUUUAAACCAUUAAUUAGCAUUGAUUAAUCAGAUUAUUUCCCGGAUGAAUCCUCACUGUAGAGCGUGGAUGUUGUCUGGAUCUGCUGAUUUCGUGUGUUCUUCUUGGCACUGCUGAUUAAAAAAAAAAAAAAGGCCAGCACGUGAGCAGCUGCAGGUCAUACAAAUUUACUCAUCGGCUCUUGCGGAAGACUGACAAACGGCACAAUGAAUCGCUAUCUGCCAGUUGCACGACAGCACUUCUUGGGCGCAUUAGCCAAUACGAGCGUUGUGGUGAAGUCCAUAAGUGCCAUAGUGCUCCUUCUGUACCUGCUCUCAUGGGCAGUUGACACUCCAUAUGCCCUGGGCGUGACGCCUGGCUACCUCUUCCCCCCUAACUUCUGGAUCUGGACCCUGGUGACCCAUGCCGUGGUGGAGCAGCAUGUGUGGGGAGUGGCAGCCAACGUAGGGACUGUUAUGGCCUGUGGCCGGCUGUUGGAGCCUCUAUGGGGCGCCUUGGAGCUGCUCAUCUUUUUUACUGUGGUCAACAUCUCUGCAGGCCUCCUGGCUGGCCUCUCCUACUUGCUCACGUAUGUCGUCACCUUCGACCUGGACUACCUAUUUGCGGUGCGUGUCCAUGGGGCACCAGCCUUCCUCGGGGGGGUGUUGGUGGCCCUUAAGCAGACCAUGGGGGAUACGACGGUGCUGCGGGUUCCGCAGGUGAGGCUCAAAGCUGCCCCGGCACUGGUCCUCCUCUGCCUGUCCCUACUCCGCCUCUCAGGCCUGCUGGAGAGUGCCGCCUCACUGGCGGCCUACAGCUUUGGUGCCCUGGCAGGCUGGGUCUACCUGCGCUUCUACCAGAGGCACAGCCGGGGCCGCGGGGACAUGUCAGACCACUUUGCCUUUGCCUCCUUCUUCCCUGAAGUGGUACAGCCGGUGGUGGGGCUGCUGGCUGGCCUGGUGCACGCAGCCCUGGUGAAGAUCAAGGUGUGCAGGAAAAUGGUGAAGCGCUACGACGUAGGUGCACCUUCUUCCAUCACCAUCAGUCUGCCAGGGACGGACCCCCAGGACGCAGAGAGGAGGAGGUGAGUGCUCGAGAGGCCCAAAUAAACACACAAACACACAGGCAUCCAUUUACCAAGAUUUGUUUACCUCAUACUUCAUUUUGUGGUUGACACACUUGCAAGCUGUCAUGCAUACACUCGUAUGUCCUCGUUUACAUAGACGGCAGUUAGGCCUACAUACUGUAUCGUCACCUGGAGAGGAUCAGUGGCUGUAUGAAAGGGACUCCAAAACACUUACUAUACAAUGAUGUAAUGCAAACAUUUGCUCAGCCUUGCCCUUGCUUGGGAAUGGGCAGACACUGUUUAUUUUAUAACUCACUCUUUCUGAUUGUCUUACAGGCAGUUGGCGCUGAAGGCCCUAAACGAGCGACUGAAGAAGGUGGAGGACCAGUCGACCUGGCCAAGCAUGGACGACGAAGAGGAAGACAAUGAGGAUGAAGUUCGGACCGACACCCCGCUGCUCUCGGGACAGGAGAGAACGUCGCCAGCAGGGGGGUCUAGCGGCUCCCAGAACACCACAGGACAGGAGUCCAGCAUCAUCAGCUUUGAAGACGCCCCCUCCCGCUCAUAACAGAUACACUGAUAUACACUCAGUCAUACUUAGUUUUGACUAGCAUACACUACAGUGACUACACACAUACAUUAGCAGUAGCAGUUUGACACUAUCAACAUUGUCAUGCCUAUCAGUUUUACGGUCUCGGACUCCCCGAAGUUGUACACAGAUACCAUCACGGACCCAUCGCUCCCCCGGCCCCGCCCGCAUAUGUCCAUUGAAACGUUAAUGCAAUGUACAAACACAUUGGACUCUCCCUACCACUUCGCGUCUCUCCUGAAUAAAGUAUUGAAUGGGUGUACACAGUGUUUCGUAAAGCUCUUUUGCCCCUAAAGACAUCUACUCCACACCUGCUGCUCAUCUGGCUCCCAGAUUUUGUGACUGAGACACUUAGACUGGAGCAGAGACUCUUGGCAAACUCCCCAUCUGUUGCUGUGUGUUACUAUUGUCCCAGAGUAAGCUUUCAGCAGACAGACUCAGAUUCUCAGUGGUUUUCUAGGUCAUCCUUUUGUCCUGAUGGGUGUUUAAUUUUCAAGGUCCUCUACAUCUUUCUCUUCAUCACUGAAAAACUGAAAUGGGUCUAGGUUUACCCCAUAGCUGUUUUACCACUGUUAGAUCUGUUUUCAAAUGUUUCCUACAUUUGUGGGAAACCUGAUAAUUUGACAAGUUGCUCUGUGGAUGAUGAUGCGUUUCCUGUACCUGUUUUGAGGGGUUUACUUUUGCUCUGAAUUCUUGAGGUGAUUUUCAGAUAAUCUCAACUACUCUGAGUCAGAGUUGGAUUACUAGAGGGGAACCAUAGCCAUAAUAGAAUAAAGGUGAUGUGGGUGUGUCUUCCUCUUUGUUCAUUCUGUUAAUUUGAGUUCUGUCAGAAUAUUGUUUUUCUGGCCAGCAAGUUUUAUUGUGUGUGUUAGGAUUUAGGUGAAUGAGUGUGUAACAGGGAGAGGGAGAGCACUAGAUGGUUUACACUGUGGUUUCCUGUCAUUUCUCACUGGUUUGGCCUGAAAAUUCAGGAGCUUUUGACAAUGACAGCAAUACAGUCUUGACAGGCUCUCUUCUCCCCAAGGAACAUUUUGUCAAUCUCUUCUUUGUUUCUUUGGCUAUGUUCCCACAGGCAGCCCAAUUCAGAUAUU